AUGGGCCAACAGCCCUCCAAGAAGGCGAAGAAAGGCGGCAAGGAUUCUGUUGUUUCACCUGAUGAACAACCAAACUUGGAAGAAGCAGACAGCUCCAGUUUGUCGCGAGCAACUGGCCAGUCUUUACAAGACAAUGCACCAGCUAUAAGUGUGUCUGACCCAGACGGAACACCAGUUGCUAGCUCCUCCCAACCUCCCGUUUCCACAACUCCCGAUGCCUCACCAAAGCCAACUCCAACCCCCCUCGAUAUCCCAACCACACAAACAAUCCUCUCCAACUCCGCAGUCAGCCCUGCCUCCGUUCAGCCCGGCUCUCCGCAGCCUGAUACCACCAAUGGUAUAGUGAAGGACAAGCCAAAGCCUUUCGAUGUUGACGACAUGAUUUCACGGCUUUUGGAGGUUGGAUAUACGGGCAAAGUCAGCAAGUCUCUGUGUUUGAAAAACAAUGAGAUAACUGCAAUAUGUCUUGCUGCGCGGGAAAUCUUCCUCAACCAACCAACCCUCGUCGAACUGUCACCACCCGUCAAAAUUGUUGGCGACGUACAUGGGCAGUACUCGGACCUUAUUCGACUCUUCGAAAUGUGUGGCUUCCCUCCUGCCGCCAACUAUCUAUUCCUCGGUGACUACGUAGACCGAGGGAAGCAGAGUCUGGAGACCAUCCUCUUAUUGCUUUGCUUCAAGAUUAAGUACCCCGAGAAUUUUUUCUUGCUUCGAGGGAACCAUGAAUGUGCCAAUGUUACGAGAGUAUAUGGAUUCUAUGACGAAUGCAAACGACGGUGUAAUCUGAAGACCUGGAAAACAUUCAUUGACGUUUUCAACUGCCUUCCUAUCGCCGCCAUCGUCGCGUCGAAAAUAUUCUGCGUUCACGGCGGACUGUCGCCGUCGCUUCACUCGAUGGACGAUAUCAAGCGAAUACAGCGACCGACAGACGUUCCAGAUUAUGGCCUGUUGAACGAUCUAUUGUGGUCUGAUCCGUCUGACACAGCGUUGGACUGGGAAGACAACGAGAGGGGGGUCAGUUAUUGCUUUGGCAAAGGCAUUAUAAACGACUUUUUGGUGCGAUACGACAUUGACCUCAUAUGUCGGGCCCAUAUGGUGGUGGAAGACGGAUACGAAUUUUGGAAUGACCGAACACUAGUCACCGUAUUCAGUGCUCCAAACUACUGUGGUGAAUUUGACAACUACGGAGCUUGCAUGAGCGUUUCGGAUGACCUCCUCUGCGCGUUUGAACUGCUGAAACCCUUGGAUGGAGCCGCUUUGCGCAAGGAGAUGUCUAAAGUCAAGCGAAAGAGUCUCAUGCCGCCUACUACUGCCUGA